CUAGAUGUCAGGGUGUGACAUUAUAUGAUUAAAAUAUGACCAUGUAGAUCAUUGUUGCUAGCACUGUUUUACAAUUGCAACAAAACUUGCACAGAGUAUCAGAGUGGUCGCCGUGUUAGUCUGUGUCAGGAAAAACAAGGAGGAGUCCUUGUGGCACCUUAGAGACUAACAAAUUUAUUUGGGCAUAAGCUUUCAUGGGCUAAAACCCACUUCAUCAGAUGCAUGGAGUGGAAAAUACAGUAUGCAGAAUAUAUAUACACAGUACUGUACAUGAAAAGAUGGGAGUUGCCUUACCAAGUGGGCAGUCAGUUCUAACAAGACAAUUCAAUUAAAGUGGAAGUGAGCUAUUAUCGACAGGAGGAAAAAUCACUUUUGUAGUGCAAUCAGGGUGGCCCAUUUCAAACAGUUGACAAGAAGGUACGAGUAACAGUAGGGGGAUCCUGCCUUGCUGAGCCUGCCUGCCCAUACCUGCCACACCUGGCAUAGAGGGGCAGGACCCUGGGGUGUUUCUGGGCCAUGCCCGGUCCUUGUGCUGUGUCAGGGUUGGGUGCAGCCUCACCGCUGAGUGUCUCCAGGGGGGGAGCUGCACAGUGAUUGCCCAACUCUGUGCAGCCAGUGGCCUGUGCUCCCCACUGCCAGCACCUCCACAUUUAUUUGACAAAUAAAAUUUGCUGAAUUUUAAAAUAUUGUGUGCAGAAUUUUUAAUUUUUUGGUGCAGAAUGCCCUCAGGAGUAACUGCAGGCAAGUCGCUGGGGACAGGGCAAUAACUGGAGCAGCGGGCAUUAGGCUGAGAGCAGGGGCAACAGCGGGCACUAGAUCUGCUCUAAACUCAGCUCUGCUCAAUGCCUCAGCUACAAGUGAAGUAGCCCAGCACCAAUAAGCAUGUCUGACUGGUGCAGCCAUGAGAGUACUAGUGCCACAUUACCUCCUGAUGGGCUACUUGCUUGAUGAUAGAAAUUGGAGUGAAAAACCCUCUUCCCCAAAUACCCAUAGGCUCUAUGUUAUCAGCUAAAUUACUUACUACAGGCAUAGAUAUCCCCACUGCAUGCUGAGUCUCCCUAUUCCCUUCCCCCACAGGGUGCUAGAAGGAAGCCAGGAGGAGUGCCUGGGACUGUGUAUUAUGCAUGGCAGGCUGCUAGGAGGGGGCUGGUUUCAGGCUGGGAUGGGAGCAGAGGUGGAGCACAGGCUGUGCAGAGCAGGCGUUGCUGUGUGACUGAGGUUUGCUAACCUUCAGAGUUUUCUGUUACUUUCAGAUCCUGGCACCUGAAGUAGUCCCCGGUGAGUUUUGCUUUGGAAUUUACUAGCCCAGGAGGAUGUCCAGCUGCACCCCAGUAGCUGUGGUGACUGGGGCCAACAAAGGGAUUGGAUUUGCUAUUGUGCGGGCUCUGUGUAAGCAGUUCACUGGGGAUGUGUACCUGACAGCCCGGGACCCAGGACGGGAUCAAGCUGCGGUGGCAAAGCUGCAGGAGGAGGGACUGAGCCCGCUUUUCCACCAGCUGGACAUCACCAACUUCCUGAAGGAGAAAUACGGAGGGCUGAAUGUGCUGGUUAACAACACAGGAUUCUGGUUCAAAGUUGAUGAUCCCACACCCUUUCACAUUCAAGCAGGAACACUGAAAACCAACUUUUUUGGAACCAGAGAUGUCUGCAAUAUGUUAUUACCGCUCAUAAAACCACAUGGCAGAGUGGUGAAUGUAUCCAGUUUCAUAAGUGUUCGGACACUCAAGAGAUGUAGCCAAGACCUGCAGCAGAAAUUUCACAGUGACACAAUCACUGAGGAGGAGCUAGUGAAGCUCAUGACGAAGUUUGUGGAAGAUACCAAGAACGGAGUGCAUGAGAAGGAGGGCUGGCCAAAUACUGCUUAUGGUGUGUCUAAAAUUGGAGUCACAGUCUUGUCCAGAAUUCAAGCUCGGAUGUUGAACGAGGAAAGGAAAGCUGAUCAAAUUCUUCUGAAUGCCUGUUGCCCUGGAUGGAUGAGAACCGACCUGGCAGGUCCCAAUGCCCCUAAAAGUCCAGAUGAGGGAGCCGAGACUCUAGUUUACUUAGUGCUUUUAGCCCCUGAGGCUGAUGGGCCUCACGGGCAGUUUGUUAGUGAAAAAGCUGUACAGACUUGGUGAACAGCAAUUUUUGGGUGUGUCUCUCUUCAAGUGAUAAUGAGAUUCUGUCCCUCCGUAGAUGUUCAAGGGUGAAGUUACAAAGAGUUCUCUUCCCAUCCACCAGUAACAAAUCACUGUGAAGCUUACAAGCAUGGUACUAAUCUAACUUCAUGCUUGACACUAGACACCCUUCACCAAAACAGCCAGUGGAGCUGAACCAUUGUGUAGUAGGUGGAGGGGGCACAUACUAUAUCCUUUCAUGGGGUAGUAGAGAUUCUCCAUAAAACUAUGAUUGCUGCGUGGCUUUUUCUCUUAUCUGCCUAACACAGGCCAUGUUUUAAAGCCACAAUCUGGGCCAAUGUUUGUAAAAUGCAUUGCUAUAUGACAGAAUUAGGCAACAUAUUUGCUAUGAUUUAACACUAAUAACAGUACAAGUCACUAAAUUGUUUUAAUAUUAAUGUAUAUGUAACUCUAAUAUGUGAUUACUUUUUGAUUUAAAACCAUAAAUUCAUCUUAAGGUUGAGGGCAUGCACCCUAAUAUGCACAAAUUAUUAUUACACACAGUUUAUUACAAAAUCAUUUAAGUUACUGUUAUGUAUCAAUAUCCACCCCACUUUACAACAAGAAAAUGUAUGAAAUUCAGAAUGUGUACA